AUGGAUUCUUCUCCCUUCUCUCAAACCCCAAAUAGGAAUCUUCCUGCUCGUGGCCCUGGGAACCAAACACUCGGCUCACCAGCAAGUCGAGGACAGAGAGCUCCCCCGAAUCGAACCUUGUUCGCAAAUCAACGAGUGAGUGAUGGUCGGCGAACUCCAGCAGAGCAGAGCUACACCCUCCCUCCGCCUCCUGAACUUUCGCAAUCUCCGCAAACAACCCAGCAGCGGUCAUACCUGCCAGUGGGAGUGGGCACAAAAGCAGAUUUAUCGAACGAGGGAAUUCGGGCCGAUCUAAACUCAGUGCGUUAUGAGCUUUCUACGCUACAGGAGGAGCGAGAGUUGGAAAAAAUUCGACAUGAAAAAGAAAUAAGGGAGUUACAGUCAAAACUUGAGGAGCAGAGUAAGAAAUCAGAUGCUAGUGAAGCAGACAAACGGUAUUUGUUCGAUAAGCAAAAAGAUCUUUCAGAGAAACUACAGAAGGUUAAGGACCAGGCUACAAGUCACAAGCAAGAUCUGGAGCGACAGAUUCGAAUGCUCAAAGCAGAGAAUACUUCGUUGAGAGAAACAGUCUGCGAAAAGGACGAAGAUACACAAAGUCAGGACCGUAAAUACCGGCAGCAAGUGGCCGACCUAAAGUCUCGGAAUGAAGCCUUGGUGAAAAUGAAUAAAGAAAUGGGCGAGGAAUUGGAAGCGAAAAGCCUUGAUCUACAACAGACUCAGACGUCUCUAAGCACGAAGGAAGCAGAGCUGGGUAAUCUAGAAACAGAAUUAUUGAAAGCUAGAGCACAGACGGGGGACCUGGACACAUUGAAGAUUUUAAAAAAGGAACUUUCAGAACAAGUGACACAUAUCAAAACACUCGAGGUCACCAGCCGAAAACAAACACAAGAGUUAAAACAGUUACGGGAUCACAACAAGUCAAUCGAAAUCCUAGAGGAAGAGAAACAGGCACUUGAGUCAAAGGUUCGGAUGAUGGAUACUCUCCGCCACGAGAUAUCGGAGGCCCAGCUUCGUGUCUCCAUCUUGCAAGACGAGCGGAAUUCUUGGAGCAGCUACUUUGAGUCUGAAGGCCUUGAAUUCGACUCUCCAGAGGCCCUUGCCCGAGCAUUGGUUCACGAGCGGGUUGAAAAGGCCGCUUUAAUCGAGAAAGCAGGACGUACCAACCCAGAAAUAACAGAGAAAGAGGAGUCUAUUCAACGUCUCGAGUCAGAGCUGAGCACCAUAAGAAGGGAGUUCGAGAAAACAAAAGAAGACUUGGCGAAGGAUUCAAGGGCAAGACAAAGGCUGGAAAGGCAACGCGCGCUGGCUAUGAAGGAAGCGCAGUUUCUAAGGGAUCAACUGAAAAGUUUCUCGACGGAGGAGAAAAUGUAUAUGGAAGGAAGUUUUGACGAACAAAAGACUAAGCGCAUUGAAGAGCUGGAAGUGCUGCUAGAGACAUAUAAAAAGGAAAAUGAAAGUUUGCUUGUGGAUGUUGUAAAGAAAGAGGGGGUAGCAGAAAAUGAAUUCAACCCUAGAAAGAGAUCGAGGGAGGAUGAUGAGGACGAGAACAGGAGGAUGGGAGAAAUGAUGAGAAAGAAUAGACAGUUACAAGAGGAUAUUACACAACUCCAACAAUCGUUACAGAUGUCAAAGAAAGAAAUUGAAUCGCUCAACAUCCGUCUAGCCUCUGCAUCAUCCACCUCCACUCGCAUCCUCCAAUUGAAGGAUAAUCCCGCCUCCCGCGAAGAAGCAAUCAAAACAGAGACGCUCAUAGCUCUUCGCGAAGAAAAUGCUGCGCUGUUGGCGCAGCUCGAGGACCGCCUCGAAACUCUACCUAGCAACAAUAACAAAGUGGUACCAUUACGCACUCUUGAAAAUGCACGAAAAGAGAUACAGGCGAUGGAAAAGACCGUUGCGGAUAAGGAGAAAAGGAUGCUAAGACUGAAAGAAAUUUGGGCAGCAAAGUCGAUGGAGUUUCGCGAAGCAGUCUUUUCACUACUUGGAUGGAAGUUGGAUUUCUUGCCUAAUGGUAGGGUUAAGGUUACACAUAUGUUUGCAGGUAACUCCGAUGAACAAAGCAUCGAGUUUGAUGGAGAGAAAGGUACGAUGAAGGUCUCUGGCGGGCCUAAUAGUAUGUUUCGUAGGGAGAUCAAAAACCAGUGCACGUUUUGGAUGGCAAGAAAUAGCAUCCCGUGUCUACUCUCGAGUAUUCUUAUCGAGCAAUACGAAAAAACUACCCGCGCACAGAUGUGA